AUGAAAGUAUUAUUUUAUUGUUGUAUAUUAUUAUUAUUUGCUAAUUUAUUAAUAUUGGUUACUAGUGUAAAAUUAAAAGAUGGCGAAUAUGUUUGUUCUUUUAAUUUAUUUUCAAAACUACAUAUGUUGGGGAAUGUAGCUACUGUGGGUGAUUAUUAUGAUUUUUGUAAUUCAGGUAGAUUGACUUGUAGUAAUGAUACUGCCACAUAUUUGAAUUUAAAUACAAAUUUUACUUCAAUUGUUUAUGAUGACAUAUCAUGUUAUACAAGUUUGAGUAAUUUGGACUUUACAAAUGUAAUUUUAACUCCAAAUAUUAUUGGAACUCCACCUCAAGUUGGUGUUACAUCAUAUAAAAUUAAUUUUUAUAGUUGCUAUGAUUUAGGUUUUUAUGAUGUAAUAUCUCUUCCAACAAGAGAAGUUCAUAUUUUAAAUUUAAUAGAACCAUUAAAAACAAAUAUAACAUUAUCAUCACUAUCUUUAGUAAAUAAUAUUGAAAUGUAUGAAUACUAUAGCCCACUUAAAUCUUUUCUUUUCCCAUAUAUUAUAAAUGAUUUAAAACACAAUAUUCCACUUAAUGUUAUGUUUUUAUAUGUUUCAAACGUACCAAAUUUUACAUAUAUAAACCCAUCAAAUAUACAAAUUACAUUAGGUCAUGGGUUUGAUAGAGAAUCACUUUUAAAUUUUGAAGAUUUAACACACAUCAACAGAUCUUUUUCUCUUAUGUUCAAAGUUUUAGAUGGGUCAAUUCAAUUCCCUUUCAAAAAGGCAAAAAAUUGUCUAUCAAUGUCAAUAACUACAUACUUUGAUACACCAAAUGAUUAUAUUGAUAUGAGCAACAUUGAAACUCAAUUAAUACAAUUUUCAAAUGUGUCAUCUUCAUUUUCGGUCAAUGGAAAUCUACCAUUUAAAAACUUUAAUUUAAAAACAAAAUCAUUUAAGUUCAAUAAUGGUAAAUUGAAUUCAAUACCAUUUUUUCAAUAUUUAACUAUUUUAGAUUUAGCAGAAAAUCAAAUAAAUUCAGCACUUGGUAAAAUGGGUGAUUAUGGUUCAUUUAAUACAUUAUUACUUUCAAAAAAUAAUUUAACAGGCACACUUGAUCAAUCGUAUUGUUCUUUAUCUACAUUUGAUUUCUCAAAUAAUUCACUAUCUGGUCCCAUUCCAUUAUGUUUUGCUUGUUUUUUACCAUAUUCAGAAUUAGCAUCUUCAAAAUUAAAAACUAAAUUAAUUGGAAAUAAUUUUGAUAGUUACACACCUCCAUCUUUCUGUAAUAUUAUACCAAAUUUAAAAUCAAAUGGAAAUAAUCAAUACAUAUUAUAUGGAGAUUAUGUUGGUACAAGUUUAACUACAAUAACUUCAACCUCUAUAUAUUGGACAUUUAAAAACUAUACUUAUUUUACAGGUACUUUAAGUGGAACUGCUCCAUUAGUUUUUAAUAUAACCUAUAGUGAGAUUGGAAAAUCAUUUUUUUUAUUUACAACCCCAACACCGCCAAAUGUAACAUAUGUUGAACAAACAAAUGAUUCACCUAAUCAUUUCCAAUUUAUUGGUACUUAUUUUAACUAUAAUAUAUCCACUAUAGAAAUUAAAAUUGGUGAUAGAAUUUGUAAUGUACAAUCUUCAACAUUUUAUCAAAUUAAUUGCUACGUUGAUAAUGCAUUCGCUUCAAAUGAAAAAGAUUUAAUAACUAGAAUUAAAGUUGGUGAACAAAUUUCACAAAUUACUAUAACCCCAUAUCAAAACAAUACUAUAAUACCAUGUGAUAGUGAUUGUAGUAAUGGUAUUUGCUAUACUAAUAAUGGUACAUGUAUUGGGUGUCCUUCAAAUUGUAAUAAUGGUAAAUGCAAUCCUACACUUGGUAAAUGUGUUUGUAAUUCAGAUUAUAUUGGUUCAGAUUGUUCAAUUCCAUUACAAUAUCUAACAUCAAUUGUACCAAUUAUUUCAAAUUCAGAAGGAACAGUUCAAUUAUUUGGUUUAUUUGGUAAUGUUAAUGAUGGUAUCUCUAUUGAGAUUGGUGGAAGAAAUUGUAAUAUUACUUUUAUUAAUAGUCAAACUAUUAAUUGUACAUUAAAUGGAGGUAGUGGUUUAGUAUCUGUAAAUGUUACACAAAAUGGUUAUACUUGGUUUAAAAAGAAUUAUUUCAAUUAUAUAAUUCCAAUUCAAAAUUGUCCAAACAAUUGUAAUUCUGAUAAAACAUCUGCUAGUGGUGGUGGUGGUACUUGUGAUACAAAUAUUGGACAAUGUAUUUGUAAAAAUGGAUUUGUUGGUAUUGAUUGUUCACCACAAGCUCAAGAAACUAUAAUUCCAAUUUCAAAUUCUUCAGUGAAUUUAACAACAGGAGUUUCAAAAAUUACAAAUGAACAAACCAAUUUUGAAAUUAAAGUUAUAGCAUUAUUAGAAAUUGAUUUAAAUGGUAAUACAGUUUUAAAUCAUCCACUUGUAAAUAAUUGGAAUAUUGAUGAAAAUGAAUCAACAAAACAAGGUCAAUAUGCAUUUUCUCAAUUAUUAGAUACAAAUAAAAAUUGUAAAGUAGUUACAAUUAUUGAAGAAGUUUCAAAGGAUACUCAAUAUUCAUUUGCAGGUGUUAAUUUCUUAGUAUUUGCAAAUUCUUUAAAAUUAACUAUAUCAAUUAAUAACUAUACCUUUAUUAGUUCAUUAAAUUCAUUACAACUUCAAAUUGAAUCAUUGGUUAGUAUUUUACCAACAACAACUACUACAAAUAAAGAAAAUAGUUGUAAAAAUGAUGAAUCAUCAUCAAAUACUACAAGUAUUGAUACAUCUGGAAUUACAACAGAUACAAUAUUGAAUUAUAUUACAAUUGAAAAAAAUAAUAAAAUCUUUACAGGUAGAUUCAUAAAUAAAUUAUUAUCAGAUGGUAGACCAACAUUUUUCUCAUCCCAAGUAGUAAAUAGAAAUAAUGAAUCCUUAAUAAUUGGUUUAGAUCUUUCUCAUUGUUCGAAUUGUGUUAUUGACCCAGAUUUCUCAGUAUUGGUUUCAAGUUCAUUUAAAACAACAACGACAACAGAUUGUGAGAUAAACAACAAAAAUAAUUGGAAAAUCCCUGUUGCUGUAGUAAUUAGUGUUGUUGGAUUUUCAAUGAUUGUUUUAAUAUCAAUGAUAAUUUUUAAGAAACAUAGAACUCUUAUAAAAGUUAAAGUUUUAACAGCAAUUAAAUUAACAAAAAGAUAA